AUGGAGAGGCUGGACACAAAUUCCUCAAAGGUUCAAGAUCACUGCCAGCUCUCAGAGAAGUAUAAGCAAAUCUACCUCUCCCUGACCUACAGUCUCAUCUUCAUCCUUGGGCUACCCCUGAAUGGCAUUGUCUUAUGGCUCUCCUUGCACCAAACCAAGCCAUGGAGCUGCACCACCAUCUAUCUGGUGAACCUGAUGGUGGCCGACUUGCUUUAUUUACUAACCUUACCUUUCUUCGUCGUCACCUACAUCCUGGAAGACAUCUGGCCCUUCGGGGAGCUGUUGUGCAGAGUGAUGCGCUUCCUAUUCUACACCAACCACUACGGCACUAUCCUGCUGCUGACCUGCAUCUCUGUGCACCGUUUCCUAGGUGUGUGCCACCCACUGCGUUCCCUACCCUAUCGGACCCUCAAGUAUGCCCGGCUGGGGGCCGCCACCGCCUGGACCCUCGUAGUCCUCCAACUGCUACCCACACUGGCCUUCUCCCACACAGACUACAUCAAUGGCAAGAUGAUCUGCUAUGACAUGACCAGCCCAGAGAUGUUUGACCAGUACUAUGCAUAUAGCAUGGUUCUGAUGUUGUCUGGCUUUGUCUUUCCUUCCUUGGUCAUUUUGGUAUGCUACUUCCAGAUGAUCAAGAGCCUUACCAAGCCACAGGAGAACCUCACAAGGACGGGCAACAUGGCCCAGGCCAAGUCCAUCCAGACCAAGUCCAUCCGGACCAUCCUGCUGGUGUGUGGCCUCUUCAUCCUCUGUUUUGCGCCCUUCCACAUCACCCGCUCCUUCUACCUCACCACCCGAAUCCUGAACUCACAAGACUGCCAGCUCUUGAUGGCAGCCAGCGUGGCCCACAAGGUCUGGAGGCCUCUGGUGAGCAUGAAUAGCUGCCUUAACCCUGUCCUCUUCUUUCUGUCAGGAGGUAACAAUAGAGUUAGGCUUCUCCAGAAACUGAGGCAGAAAAAGAUGGAUGACCAAGCUGGGGCCACUGGUGGGGUACCCAGGUUCUGGGCAAUCUGGGUACUGCCAAGGCAAAGUGUGGAAAAAUGA